AAGUAGGGAAGAAGCAGCUUUAAGCAACAGCGAAGUCCUUCCUACCCAGAGUUGCGGGCCGCUAUCACUUAUACAGAGGUUUUGUCUUGGUUACAGCUCAAUGCUCAACUCUCAAUACGUGGCCUGCCCAUCAACACACUAAGAAUAUUGUAAAACGUGGCUCAGAUCCGCACGUUCAUUUGGAAUUGGUGCAUCGUCAACCGUCCACCCCGGAAAGAUUGAAAGCCCGGCGUUUCCAAGAGCCGCCUCCAAUAACAAGGUGGCAACUUGAUCUGCUUCAAACUGUCCAAGCAUGACAGAAACGACGUCGUUACAGUAGAAGAAUGGGAGAAAAAAUGUUGGAGACUUUGGACGACAGCACAGCCACGUAGGCAGGAUUACAACAUAGAGGACGUGGCGAUAUCUGUUUGGGUUUUCGAAAGUCGGCGGGUGUACGAACAUAAGUAGAUACCUUUCCACUUUCCCCUUCUGAGAAACCACCGAGAAUUUGAAGAUAAAAGCUCAUUACGCCAUUACAUCAGACAUCGGAACUAGCCCUACUUUCGUAAUUUCGACUCCAUAAUCAAGUCCCCAGACAUUCUCCGGACGAUUCAUUAAUUCCCCUCUCCGAUCCCUCCAUAGAUUUGCUUGCGGCUUUCCCCUCUGCCUCACUCUCAACUCCCGAGUCGUUUCCCAAUUUUUAAUCUUCCUUAAAUACCCACCCCCCUUCGCGCUUCAAUAACCAUCCAUAGAGCUAAAGCGUUAAUAGAAACGGAGAUGGCGUUGUCUGACUGCGUGGUGGGGAACUUGACGACGAUCUAUGUGGCCGUGAUCGCGGGGAUCAAGGUCUAUGGGUGUGCCUGUGGCCGGAGCUUCAGUGGUGGUUUUGUGCUGAUUGUGUCGACCAUCGUGGUGGGCCUCAUCUUGAUCGGGACGCUGACAUGGGACGUGUCCCGCAAGGCCACGUAUGCAGUUUCGCGCGAGCACGCCCACGAAAUGUGCAGGGGUGGUAUAUGUUGGCACGGCGUGGCGGUGAAGUCUCCUGCUUCUCAGGUCCGGUUCAGGCUACCGCAGCAAACCCCACACGGCCGUUUGUAAAAACAAGCUUUAAGGAAAAAAGCAAAGAGCAAAGGGUUUCAACACUGUAAGAUACAUAAGUCUUCUUUUUGGUUGGUGGUGUUUGUUGCUUGAGUUGUUGUCUUUAAAUAUUAAAAACCACGAGGUGUUUGCUAUUUUGAUUGAGAGGAAGAGUGUACAUGUAAUAAUUACUAUCGAAUGGAAUCAGUUUUGUGCAUAAA